CGCGGCGACGGCAAAACGGCUGACAGGUAAAUAGCAGCACAGCUUCCUCUGGAAUUCCUCGAAGUCAUCCACGACAUUGAAACAGAGUCCUCAAGUCACUACUAGUGCUGAAGUUGUAUAUCAGUACACGCGUAUCUUUAUUUUUUAUUUUUUUGCGUCGCCCAAUAGCGCAUCACCGCCAUGUCGCCCGGACGUCUCGAAGGCAAGGUUGCCAUCGUCACUGGCGCUGCCUCGGGCUUUGGCAAGGGCAUCGCUGAGAAAUUUGCAAAGGAGGGCGGCAAAGUGGUCGUUGCGGACCUUACAGAGGAAGCUGGAACGGCCGUGGCGAAAGCAGUCGGGGGCAUAUUUGUGCGGGCGGAUGUCACCAAGACCGCAGACUGGGAGAAGCUUCUUUCGGAGACCCUGGCCGCAUACGGCCAGCUGGACAUUGUUAUCAACAAUGCCGGCACCACAUACAUCAACAAGCCAACCGAGGACGUCACCGAGGCCGAGUUUGACCUCGUCAUGAACGUCAACGUCAAGUCGAUCUAUGUCUCCACCCAGGUCCUGGUCCGGUACUUCAUGAAGGAGAACCGCCCAGGCGCCUUCGUCACGGUGGCAUCGACGGCAGGCACGCGACCGAGACCACGCUUGGCUUGGUAUAACGCAUCCAAAGGAGCUGCCAUUACGGCGACGAAAUCCCUGGCGGUGGAGUAUGGUCCGAGGCAAAUUCGAUUCAACACCGUGUCCCCGGUCUUUGGCAGCAACACUGCCUUGUCAUCCAAGUUCUUGGGCAAGCCGGACAACCCUGAGAACAGGGCAGGGUUCGUAGCAACCGUGCCUCUUGGUCGGCCAUCUUCGCCUGAAGAUGUAGCCAAUGCCUGCUGCUAUCUCGCAAGCGAUGAGGCGUCCUUCAUUACUGGAGUGAAUAUGGAGGUGGAUGGAGGGCGAUGUGUUUAGCUAGUUGAGCCGAUUGAGAUAGUGGAGAGCAAAGACUUCGCGUCGUGUCCGGAGAUCUCUGGAUCUAGGAGAGUCAAUGCUUCAAUUCGGGCGUAAAUGGCAC